AUGGUGAAAAUAUGUGUGAUCUGUGGAAACGUCAGUGGUCUUGAUGGAGUGUCUGUGCACAGGUUUCCACCGAAUGACGAGCAGAGAGGUCAAUGGGUGUUGUUCGCCGAGAUCAAUGGUUUGUAUGCUCAACAGAUAUUUGUCAACUCAAAACUGUGUUCGAGACAUUUUGUCCCUGGUCGUGACUACGCUUUGGGCAGAAUUCGUCGCCGUCUAUUACCAAGAGUAGUACCAUCUUUAUUAGUUCAACCGGUCUUGGAGAUUGCGGCACUAGGCAACGAACAAGAAGUGGACAUGGCUAUCCCUGAUGACAACGAGAUAGAGGUGGAAAUUAUUGAAGUCCAAAUGGAUGAGGUAAUGAUGGACAUAAAUGAAGAAGACCCAUUGCAACCCGAGGAAGUGGUACAAGGUGACAUUGAGUUUGUGGAUUUACUGCCUGCUGACGCAGAGGCAGUAUUUGAAUUCAGGGAUAUAUUUGACGUUUCACUACCAGGCGUCGAUGAAGAGUUUGUGCCGAUUCCACCGGGUGUUCCCAGAGCGCACGUGCCCAUGAGAGACCGUCUGGCUGGCAUUCAAUAUGAACUUCCAGAGCGCCAUGACAUUGGACCAUUGGAUGCCGUCUGCACGCAAUGUGGUGUCCGUCAUUUCUCUUGCGAACGUGUAAACAGAAAUCAUUUUACAACGUGUUGUAAUAACGCAAAUGGAGAGCGUGUGUUGGGUCAACCACCAGAGUUAUUAAUUCGUUUGUUGAUAGAUGAUUCACAGGUAGCUAAACAUUUUCGCAAAGAAAUCGGUCGGUACAACAACACACUGGCAUUUGCUGCGUUCUCCACUGACCUCAACCCAAGACGUUUGACAGGUCCGGGACCGAGAGUGUUCACUGUACACGGGCAGGUGUACCGUAGAAUUAGUAAUGACGUUGUCAGGAAUGAACUGAUGCAACCGAAAUACUGCGAGUUAUAUUUCAUUGAAUCCGAGUCAGCCAACCAGAUUCGUAUGGCACAAAAACCACGCACAAGCCCAUUGUUGGAGAACUUGCUUACAGACUUGGACAGUCUAUUACGGCAAAUCAAUCCAUUCGCAGUGGCUUUUGAAAACAUGCGACAAGUAUGGCAGAGGGAACAAGAUGCUGCUGCUGCCAAUCCCAUGUUACAACCGAGAAGGGUGACCAUGCACAUAAUUGCCGACCCAAACAAUGAUCCACGGCGAUACAAUCAACCAGCUGCUCAUGUGAACGAGGUAGCUGUCGUCUUUGUUGGUGAAGAUGGUCAACCACCAGGGAACCUAGAUCUGGUUAUCUAUGACUCCAACCCGGUUAACCCAAAUCACCGGAUGCAAAGCAUAUCGGCAGGUUCGUCUCAUGCGGAUCCAAUGUUGUAUCCACUGUUCUUCCCGUACGGAGAAACCGGAUGGCAUUACAACUUACUACAAGAGGGCAACCACCGAAACACGGUUCGGGUUCGUAACACCAUCAGGGAGUUUUUAUGUUACCAUCUGGCCAUUAGAUACACUGGAAACAAUAGCAAUGGGAAUGAAGGUAAUACAUUUAGUUUAUUGCAUGCAGGUGGUUUUUUAUUGCAGCAGUUUGUGUGUGAUCAAUACGUCCGUAUGGAAGCGAACAAUCUGCGCUACACUCGAGACAAUCAGAGAGCGUUUUUUGCUGAUGCAUAUCGGGGCCUUGUGGACCACAUAAACCAACAGCUCCACGUUGACGAAAUCAACCCUGUAGGCCGCAGGACGAUUCUACCAUCGACGUUUGUAGGUGGUCCUCGGUACAUGAAACAAUGUUACCACGACGCAAUGGAUAUUGUGCGUAAGUAUGGAAAACCUGACCUAUUCAUAUAUUCAUAA